CUUGAAAUUUGAAUGACAACAAUUAUAACCAAUUACAUUUUAGAAAUGUUGAGCUUCCUCCAAUCGCUUAUCCGUUCAAGCCACACCUCCUAACAGUUGGAUGAUAUCACUUUGUGACGCCAUUUCGUAACACAGCGGGUGGAAGUUGCUACAGCGAAAAGAGUAGCACAAUGGUGAAGAUUUUCGUGGGUAACCUGUCCGAGGACACUACGGCCGAGCAGCUCCGGGCACUCUUCUCCCAGUAUGGCACCAUCUCCGAGUGCGACGUGCUGAAGAAGUACGGCUUCGUGCACAUGGACGACAAGGCGGAGGCGGACGAGGCCAUCCGCCGCCUCCACCACCACCAGCUCAACGGGCAGACCAUCAACGUGGAGAUGAGCCGCGGCAAGACCAAGAACUCCACCAAGCUGCACGUGGGCAACAUCAGCAACAGCUGCACCAACCAGGAGCUGCGCGCCAAGUUCGAGGAGUACGGCCCCGUGGUGGAGUGCGACAUCGUCAAGGACUACGCCUUCGUGCACAUGGAACGUGUGGAGGACGCCAUGGAGGCCAUCAACGGGCUGGACAACACCGCCUUUCAAGGCAAGCUGAUGAGCGUGAAGCUUUCCACUAGCCGCCUGCGUACCGCUCCGGGGAUGGGCGACAGGACGGGGUGUUAUCGGUGCGGGCAGGACGGCCACUGGUCCAAAGAGUGCCCGAUGGACCAGAACGGCUCAUUCGACGCGGGGGCCAACGGCUUCGGCCCGUCCAGGUUCGGCGGCGGUCGCGGCCGCGGUUUCCCCCGGGGGCUGGGCGGAGACCUGGGCUUCGCCGGGAGCCACGGCCCCGCGCCCGCGUUCGCCAGGGGGCCCGGCUUCGGCGGCGGACCCGGGUACGGCAGGGUGGCCGGUUACGACGGCGCCAUGGCGUACCGGGCGCCGGCGGCCUACGGUGCGGGAGGCGACACUAGCGCGGCCCGGGUGUACGGCGGCGAGGCGGCGUACGGAUCCGGCGGCGCGGGCUUCGCGGCGGCCCCGGCCUACCCGCCGCGGCGCGCCGGCUUCGAGGAGCGGGACCCGUACAGCGUGGUGGACUUCUACGAGAAGUACCGGGCGCGCCCGUACGGCGCCGGCUUCUACGAGGAGCAGCAGCGCGCGGCCGCCCUAGCCCCUCCCCCUACGCUCGCGCCCGCCGGGGCCGCCCUCGACCCCUACGAUCGGCGGGCCCUCCCCACGCCGGCCCCGGCCGUCUCCUCGUACUACACCCGAGACCGGAGCCCCGUCCGGCGCGGGCCGUCCGCGGCACAGGGCUACGCGUUUGACCGCUCGCGCCUCUCGCCCACCUCCAUGUCCCGGGGCGCGGCGUUCGACGGGAUGCGGGCCAGGGACCCCUACGCCGAUCGGGCGCGGUACGCGUUUUAACCCCGGCACCACCAGGUGUCCGCGCCGUGACGCACCUUCGACAGACGCGCGUUCGGUCACGGUCGCUCGGUUCGGCUCGCACCGCGUUUCCGCCUGUGCCGCGAUCGUGGGGACGGUGGUAUUGCGGUGGACUCUCGUUCCUUCUACCAAUUUUAUUUUCAGUUUUUGUCUCUUUCUUGUACCAAAUUUUUCCUCCUGUGAUGCAGAACUAUUGCAUAGAUAUAAUUUUUUUUUCUUUUUAAACGAGUGUAGCGAUUCUUGCUGUCUUGAAACCUUUUACACAGAAAUGCACAGCUGUUAUUUUAAGUAUCGCUGCAGAAGUAGACGUCGGUGUGAGCUUUGCAGUUUCUGUAGUCUGCUCAUUCUAUCACUAACGUGUGUAUUCUGUAUCUCCUUUCAGAAGAAUUGCAUACACUGAGGGAAUUAUUUCACUGCAUUUUAGUGCUAUCUACCGAUUCAUUUUGUGGUGGGAAUGCUCAACCUGUGUGUGUGUGCGCGUGUGUGUGAGACUGAGCAAGAUUCUGGAAGCUUCCGCUUCCAAAAUAAGAAGUUGGAUGGCUGUAGAAUCCACCCAUUGCGGUGAAAAGCCGAUACACUUUGGAAGCAGCACGUUUUCUGUAAUUCCAGCUCUUUACUCUUUAAGCGUUGAGCCAAAUUGUGAUGAAAAUGUUUGUGUUUCUUGCAUACAAGGUAUGGUUCUCUGCAUGAAGAAAAACGGGUCGUGGAGUAAAAUAGGUGUCGACAGGGCAAGGGCUCUCGAGCCUUUGGUCACACAGUUGUAGGAAAAAAUCCUUUGCCAUAAAUUCCAUUUUAAUAGCGUGCUGCUUCUUUCAGUUAGUGAGGGGAUCUGACAGGCGUGUAUCCACCUAAUUGGUGGCAAAUGAACAGCAAACAAGUGGCAAAGAACUUGCUGGUAAGACACUUCCCCCCAAUUUCAGCCGAGUGGACAUUACCACUGCUUAUAGAAGACCACCAUACUGUUUAUGCCCAUAACAAAAUGGCGGCCACAGCCAUACUGUUUAUGCCCAUAACAAAAUGGCGACCACAGCCAUACUGUUUAUGCCCGUAACAAAAUGGCGGCAACACCAGUUUCUGCAUUCACAUCUGGACGUUCUGCGGGCACCGCCACGGUUGGCAUUGUAAUAAACUGCACGAGCCCUCGGCAAAGUUGAACGGGGACAUAUGGGGGAUGUUUAUCAGCUGAGCAGUGAUUCCGGUACGCAGGCAGCGUGGGAACCGGGACACGGUGUCAUCGCGUUCGGAUUGAAACCCCUCGGAGCGGAAAUUGGCCCCUGAUGCCCGCUGUGUACCGGUCUGCACCAUAUUACCAAAAUCUCAGUGGUGUGCCUCUUCUGUAUUUUAAAUAGCUGUACGUGUGCAUGCUCACUAUUGCUUUGUCUGUCCCUCCCCCCCCUUCUGAUUAGGCCAAGUUUCAAACGUACAGACACACGGUAGUUGAGCUGUCUGGCAUGGUAGUUUACCCAAUCUUAAAGUAUCGCUAUUAGAAGCUCGUUGGUUUCGAAGAUCGGCCGCCUUUUAUCACUAAAUGUUUGUGUUUUGAACACCUGACCUCGGCUGUUUCGCAGCUCGGGCGAAAUGAAUAUGUGCUUAAGAACUUCUCCCUUAGUUUGUUUAGAGUGGGUAACCGCGGCGACUGUGGGCAGUUUGAAUGUGGUCUUUUACAUUCAGUCAGGAACCUGAUGCAACCUUGUUUCGCAGCAGAAGUUGGAGGUGGAGUGGGCAGGGGCUGGUGGUGGGGCGGGAGGGGCGGAGCUGUCUGUGUGCUUUGUCACCUCGCAGGAGUGUGCAUUCAGGUUAAACUGCCUCCACAGUGGGACGGGUUGUCGUGUUUUUUUUUUUUUAAAGAUCUUUUUCUUUAGUCGCAAGGACAUGGAGGCUAAACUUUGAGCAGUGUUUCUGUGAACAUUACCCUUUCUCAAUAAAACUCACUAAAAAUGAA